AUGCCAAAAUUAAAACUCAAAAAUGCUGCAAAAAAACAAUAUAGUGAUUCAGAACUUUUGGUCUAUGAAUCUGAGAGCAGUAAUGAGGAAAAAUUUAAUAAUGGUAAGACAGAACUUAGUGAAGAAGAAGCUGAACAGUUACAAUGCAAAAAUAAAGAAUUACAGGAGGUGGCACAAGAAUUAAUGAGUUUGGACAAUUUUUUUAAACCUGCAAAAAAAAUAGAAGUUAAAUAUGAAAUGUCAUACUCAGAUAUAAAUGAUUCAGAUAUAGAAAAUAACAAAACUUUACUUGUCUUUAAGCAAAGACAACAAAAAUACAUACCAACUCUUAUUGAUGAUGAGGAUGUACAAAGUUCUUGCUUGCAUUUUAUCUAUACUUUGGGUAAAAGAAUAACUACUAAAAAAUUUCAGAAUUAUAUUCAGAACAAUGUUUUACCACAUGUUACUAGUUCUCGUACUUCAAUGUCAUUAGAGACAGCUCGAACUUGGCUUCAUCAUCUUGGCCUUUCAUUCUUUGGUAUGGGCUCCUCUUGGUAUGCUGCACUAUGCAAAAAAGAAAAGAGUAAAGCACUUAUGAUUUCAGAGUUUUUAACUAAGACUCAUGAUCACUUCAUAAUUAUUUCUGCAAAAAUAAAUGAAUUAAACCUAUCAUUAGCAUUUUUACAAAAAGCUCAUGUUAUUAUCAAACCUGGAAAAAAUGAUGAUGGCUGCACUAAUCAUAGUGCUUUUGCAAGUGAUGCAUUAUGUACUAAAAACAUGAAUCUUUAUCCUAAUAGUAAACAGUCAAGAUUACAUGAUGAUCUUUCUUCUAAUGAUUUUAAUUAUAUUUUUCGUAAUCAACUAAAAGGUAUUCAACAAGUACUUUAUGAGUAUAACUUAUGGCCUACUAGUGGCCUAAAAUUAAAGUGUGAAAAUAACUAUUAUGAUUCAAGUAUACCUAAUUGUUGUGUGUGUCACCUUUUGUCUGCACAGCCAAAUUUUAUUAUGCAAAAAUCAGCAUUAAAGGAACUUAUUAUUGAAUGA